AUGGAAAAUUAAUCUUGCUUAUAUUAAAUGUCAAUAUUAAAUAGGAUUCACUAAAUUUUGUUGCGAGAUAUAUACUAUAUACUAUAGACGCGAGGUGUUAUUUAAAGACUUAUUCAGAUGAAUUUAUGGUUAUAUAACACUCCUUAAAUAUAUCGAAACAAUAAUAUGCAAACACAAUACAGUACCGGAUACGACGACUCUGACAAUUAACUUGCUAACGAAAUGCGGACAACAUAUUUUUGGCGAAGUAUCACCAAAACAAUGAACAAAAAAUCAUGUUUCUUCAUCAACUUGAUCGUAGUAUCAAUGUUGAUAUCAAUCUGCCUCUACUUUUUCGCCUUUUAUGGCGAUUUCGAAAUUCAGAAUAUAUUUCUCAAAACAUUUAUAGUUCGCGAAGAGGACGAACUUACGAACAAAUUCAUCAAGGCGGAGGAAUAUAGGGAAAGAGGCACAAAAACUAUUCUUCUGUGGAACACGAUGUUUGGUAGAAAAGACUUUUAUUUCGGAGAAGGCGAUAUUUUUCGCAAUUGUCCCAUCAAUAAAUGCCAAAUCUUUCACAAACGAGAUUAUUUGAAUAUCGGAGAUUAUGACGCCAUUCUUUUUCACGGAAACGAACUAAACGAAUAUGAAAUGCCAUUGAAGAGAGAGAUGAAACAAUUUUACGUAUACGUUAACUUGGAAAGCCCAGCUAAUAGAGCGAUACCUUACAAGUACAACGAGGGUUACUUCAAUCUCACGAUGACAUAUCGUCUCGACAGUGACAUACCAUGGACUUAUAAUUUAAUAGAAGAUGUAAAAAGUGGCAAGUUCGUCGCACCUUCAAGAGACGUUGAUUGGAGCGCUUCUCGAAAUUAUACAAGUGUAGAGAAAGCGGUAGACGAGACGCCGUCCGCGAUAUUGGACAUCGUCAGGGGCAAAAGCAAGUUGGUAACUUGGUUUGUAAGCAAUUGCUACGCCAAAAGUGGCCGAAUGGAGUACGUGCAGGAGCUGUCGAAGCACAUAGGCGUCGACGUCUAUGGCAAAUGCGGUACAUCUAGUUGUGACAGAGGCAGCAACUGUUUUAGCGACGUAAUCGAGCCCAACUACUUUUUCUACCUGUCCUUCGAGAAUUCUUUCUGCGACGAUUACGUGACGGAGAAGCUGAUGAACCCGCUCAGGUAUAAUGUCGUCCCGGUAGUUUACGGAGGAGCCAACUACAGUCAGUUCGCACCACCGAAUUCCUACGUGAAUGCCUUGGACUUCGAGAGUCCGAAGGAGCUCGCCGCGUACUUGAAAUAUCUCUCUCAAGAUCUGCGGCGAUAUCAAAGCUUCCUAGAAUGGAAGAAAUAUUAUCGAGUCAACGAUUCAACGAAACGAGCCGUUUGUACUCUUUGCGAGGUGUUGCAUAAGCAGAAAGAGUCGAAAAUUUAUUCGGCCUUAUCGGAUUGGUACACGAAAGAUGAAUGUCCCAUUCAAACGUAUUUAAAUGAGGCUAAUAAAUACGCGACGAAAAUUACAUUAAUGAAUCAUAAGUACAAUUAAGUCGUACAAAUGGUACACAGAAAUUAAUAUUGCAUACGUAUGAAACGUUAUACAACAGGACUGAUUAAACCGUAAACUGAUGACUAUCAUUAAACAUUUAUAUGAUUCAUUUAUCUAUUUAUGAAAAAAUGAUGCUCUUCUACUACUAAAAGUGACUACUUUUCAACUAUUUCAACUUAAACUUUUACAUUAUUAAGUAAAAUCGAAUCUUGACACAUAAAAGUAUAUU